UGGACCGGAAGCGCGCUUGUCCUCUUCUGCUCUGCGUGUCUGCGUGUGCAUGUAGACGCGCGGCAUCAUGUCUCCUCUUGGACUGAAAGCCAUUGUUGGGGAAAAGAUCAUGAACAAUGUCAUCAAGAAAGCCAGGGAGAAAGGAAAAUGGAAGGUUCUGGUGGUGGACAAGCUGAGCAUGAAGAUGGUUUCCUCCUGCUGUAAGAUGACAGACAUCAUGUCAGAGGGAAUCACCAUUGUGGAGGACAUAACGAAGCGGCGUGAGCCUCUGCCCAGCAUGGAGGCCAUCUACCUGAUCACACCGUCAGAUGAGUCUGUUGAAGGUCUCAUCGAGGACUUCAGAGACCCGCAGAAUCCCAGGUACCGAGCAGCCCACGUCUUCUUCACUGACACAAUACCAGACUCCUUGUUCGGACUGCUGACCAAAUCCCGCGCCUCCAAAGCCAUGAAGGCCUUGACUGAGAUCCACAUAGCCUUCCUACCAUACGAGUCUCAGGUGUUUUCCCUGGACAAAGCUGAGGCCUUCCAGGAUUUCUACAGCCCCUUCAAGGCCGACGUGAAGAGCAACAUGCUGGAGCGCUGUGCCGAGCAGAUCGCUACCAUGUGUGCCACGCUGAAAGAGUAUCCUGGAGUCCGGUACAGAGGGGACUACAAGGACUGUGCAGUUCUGGCCCAGAUGCUGCAGGAGAAGCUAGACGGCUACAAGGCUGAUGACCCCACCAUGGGAGAGGGUCCAGACAAGUGCCGCACUCAGCUGCUCAUUGUGGACCGCGGCUUUGACCCGGUGUCCCCCCUCCUGCAUGAGCUGACUCUGCAGGCCAUGGCCUAUGACCUGCUGGGCAUCGAAAAUGACGUGUACAGCUUUGAGACCAGUGGGAUGGGGGAGACCAGGAUGAAGGAGGUGGUGCUGGACGAGGACGACGACUUGUGGCUGAGUCUGAGACACAAACACAUCGCUGAAGUGUCCACGGCUGUAACUCGCUCUCUGAAGGAGUUUUCUGCCAGCAAAAAGAUGAACACUGGAGAAAAGACCACCAUGAAGGAGUUGUCUCAGAUGCUAAAGAAGAUGCCUCAGUAUCAGAAAGAGCUCAGUAAGUAUUCAACACACCUCCACCUGGCAGAGGACUGCAUGAACCGCUACCAGGGCACCGUGGACAAACUGUGCCGCGUAGAGCAGGAUCUGGCCAUGGGCACAGAUGCAGAAGGCGAGAAAAUUAAGGAUCCCAUGCGGCUCAUCGUCCCCGUUCUGCUGGACGCCAAUGUUAGCGUAUUUGACAAGAUCCGCAUCAUUUUGCUCUACAUCUUCCUAAAAAACGGUGUGACUGAAGAGAACCUGUGUAAGCUCCUUCAGCAUGCCAGCAUCCCGCCUGAAGACAGUGACAUCAUUUCCAACAUGGCCCACAUGGGUGUUCCCAUCAUCUCAGAGGGGACUGUCAAGAAGGCCAAGAAAGCCGAUCGUAAGGAGCGUGUCAGUGAACAGACCUACCAGCUCUCCAGAUGGACCCCUCUCAUCAAAGAUCUCAUCGAGGAUGCAAUUGAGGACAAACUUGAUCCAAAGCAGUUCCCGUACAUUUCCCAGCGACAGGUUUCUGCCAAAGCCAGCGCUCCAUCCAGUGCUCGAUAUGGUAACUGGCACAAGAACAGGGGGCCCACAGAGAUGAAGACUGGACCCAGGAUCAUCGUCUUCAUCAUUGGAGGCGUGACCUACAGCGAGAUGCGUUGUGUGUAUGAGGUCACACAGGCCAAUGGCAAGUGGGAGGCGCUGGUUGGAUCCACCCACAUCCUCACACCCACCAAAUACCUGAAGGAGCUGCAGCAUCCAGACUUCCUGGACCCCAACACCCCACCAGAGGGCAGCGUGGAGCCACCUGCUGAAUGACCAGAUGCUUGGAGGACUAACGGGGAUCUUGUCUCCUUCUCGCCUUCUGAAAGCCCUCAAAGACUUAGAGAAAGACCAGAUAAGACGCUCUUCCCCAACCUUAUCUAGCACCCCCCCCACCCCAAGAACCACCCACACUGAGUGUUGCUAAACGUCUUUCUGCUGUAAAACAAGGCUGUUGAACUAAAAAUGUUGACUUUGAUGAAUGUGUUGAUGCUUGUAAGAGCUUGUAAAGUUACUGAAGUUGUGUUAAGUUGUUGUUUCUUUGUGAAGUUGAUGUGUGUGUCCUUGUUUAGAUGAAUGGAGGAUUUCCAGCCGUUCAAUUUGCCUCUUGAAUCUCUGUAAAACCCAGCUAUUCAAAUGGUCUAAAUGGAACAAACUCAAAUCAGAACUCUUUCUUCUCAUACCAAAUGACUAUAAUCUAAACUAACCUAACAGUUAUUCGUGUCACUCAUGUCCUUGGACAAAUGACACUAUGUUUAUUCUAAAAUCUCCCUUUUCCCAAUAGGUUUUUGUGUUUUCCAUGUUAACAACAUACAGUGAGGGGACGAUGUUGAUCUGAUUUCACACAGAGGUGUAGCAGAAGCCUUUGAACAUGGAUGGACCGCGCCGUCUCCUGUCUGUGUGUCAGCAGUGUUUCUCAAUCUUCGUCUUGAUUUAGAGUAGUCCUGCUGGAUCUUUGUGCUUCACCAUGAUGCUGUUGUUGUUAGUGAUGCUUUCUAUAGUUUUAUUCAGUCAAAGACCAACAGGGCGUGGUUUAAGUCUUUUUCUGUGUUACGUACCAUUAAAGUGGCUUCCAAAAAAUCUG